AACAGCAAGAAACAUAAAAUUUGAAAAAUCUUCCGGUUAAAAUCAUAAAACCCAAUCUCUCAAGAAGAAACGCUCUCUGUUCGAUUGAAAUCAAAGAAAGAUUGCAGGUACCAGGUUCCGAUUAUCUUCCAAAGGUAGGUAAUCCUGUUGUAUGUCUGUGGCAGUGCUGAAGUUCCAUACGUAAAAUGUCAACUAGAUCCAGUAGUAGCUCCAGGAGUGAUGCCGAUAACUUUUUUGAUGUUGAGGAACUCUUACAAAUUGGGACAAGAUGCAGAGAGCUACGGAAAGAAAAGGAUAUGUUGAGAGAGUCACAAUCCCAGAGUUUUGAACUAAUCAGGAAAUUGGAAUUACAUGAAAAGUCAUUAUCAGAAGCUCGUCUAGAAGAUAAGAAGCACAUCCAAGAGUUGGAAAGAGAGCUCAAGAACUGCUCUCAAGAAAUAGAUUACCUGCAAGACCAACUAAAUGCGAGCAACACAGAGGUAAACUAUUUAAGUGAGCAUGUUUGGAGGCUUGAGUCGAAGUUAGCAGACAUGGAAAUUUUACAGGAUCAAAUUAACCACUUGAGAAAUGAGCUAAGGAAAUCUACUUCUCGGAAUUUCCAGUUGGUGCAAGAACUCAAGAGUAAAGAAGUAGAGCUGCAACACUCAAGAUCAUGCAUAGAGAAACUUGAAGAGUCUAUUUCAGUUUUAUCACUAGAGUCCCAAUGUGAAAUAGAGAGUAUGAAGCUUGAAAUACUGGCUCUAGAGCAGACUUACUUUGAAUCUGAGAAAGUGCAAGAAGAAAAUGUUCAAGAAAAAGCUCGGAUGAGUGAGUUAAUUGAAGAGCUUCAGGUUAAAUGUCAGAAUGCACAAGAAAACAUUAAAUAUUUAGAUGAAGAAAACAAAGAGGUGAGACAGAGGCUUGUUAUAUCUGAAAUGAAUGCUAAAGCUUUCUGUCAAAAAAUCGAAUUAUGGCUGGAAAACAAUGAUAAAGCAGAGGUGGAAACAGAGAGCAAGCUGACUAUAUCAGAAGAAAUGAGAAGCACCUGCGGUGAAGCUUUGAAUGCAGUCCUUUCCAAAUUGGCAUUAGUACUGGCAUCAGGUGGAGAUUUUAAGGAAAAGUUGGAGAGUGUCUCUCUUAAGAUGAGUGAAUAUGAACUUCAUGUUAAGAAGCUCAAGGAUGAAUUGAGAGAGGAGAAAUUGAAAGCAAAGGAAGAAGCAGAAGACCUAGCGCAAGAAAUGGCUGAACUCAGAUACAAAAUGACAGGUUUGCUUGAAGAGGAGUGUAAGCGUCGAGCUUGCAUAGAACAAGCAUCAUUACUCAGAAUAGCUGAGUUAGAGGCACAGAUUAAGAAGGAACAGAAGAAAUUCUUUUCUGCUGUUGGGCAACUUCACGAAACAUAGAAAUUGAAUCAACAUGAAGUCUGGAGAUUGAUAACUGGAAGCUGUUGAUAAGAGUAAUGCAGAUGGAACGUAGCCUUGAUGUGUUGUGUUUCUAACAUGUUGAAGGAUGUCCCGGGUCCGGCUCUGGAGGUUGCAUUGAAAAAGAUGCUUUAGAUACUGAAACUCCUCUAUUUUGUUAACUGCUUGAUGCAUUGCACCUCAUGGGGCAGUCUCAUGUACCAAGGUUGGUGCUGCAUGACUAAGGACUGAGUGUUGGCUUCUGGUGCAAGAGUCUAAUGGAAGGUUAAGCUUGAAAACCAUACUUGGUAGAACCUGCCUGAGACAUACAUGCUUGCAGUAUUUCUAUUUAUAGGAGUUUCAUAUCUGAUUAUCAGAUGUGAAUUUAAGAUUUUUCAUUUCAUUCACAUCUCUUCAGAAGAAAGAGCUAGUGCUUCUAGCUUUGUGUAAAGAAAGUGAAAUCUGUCUUGUGUGUCAAGUAUACUGUAUAUUAUUGGUGAUGUUCAAAUUUCUGUGAAGUUCUCUUUCAGGAUUGCCUGAA